GGGGGAGUCGCCCGUGUCUCUCCGCUGCUGGAGCUGAGGAAACGAGCCAGGGAAAGAAAGCUCCGCCGCUGGAGUUCGGACAUUGUCCCAUGGACACCGCCGGUAACGGGAGCCAAUCCGAGAGCAGAAGAAAGAAAAUAAUGGAAAUACCGGACUGACAGGCACGGAGCCUAACGUAUCCAAUCGACUGCAAUGGGAUGCGUUUGGUUUCCAUUCAGGAGAACAUUUUUUAUUUUAUUUUUUUUUAGCUGAGAAAAAAGAUCUGCAUCCGGACUUUUCACUCCACUAUUUUUGACGAACCCUGUGAUGGAGGCACCGAACGGAGCCUCCAAUGAAGAUAUGAAUAUGCCCCAAGGGGGAGUCAGGAGAGUGGGAUUUCAGAAGACUACAAUAGAGACCUCUAUGUCUGUGGAAACAUCAGCUGACAAAAGACGGGGCUGCAGGAGGAACGAGCAACAUGAGCUGGAGUUUUUUGACUCGUCUUUUAGAAGAAAUUCAUAAUCACUCGACGUUUGUUGGAAAAAUUUGGCUGACUGUCCUUAUAGUGUUCCGCAUUGUUCUGACUGUGGUGGGAGGAGAAUCAAUUUACUAUGAUGAACAGUCUAAGUUUCAGUGUAACACUGAACAGCCAGGUUGUGAGAACGUUUGCUAUGAUGCCUUUGCCCCCCUUUCUCAUGUUCGGUUCUGGGUGUUUCAGAUUAUUUUGGUGGCCACUCCACCUCUCUUGUACUUGGGCUAUGCUAUUCACAAAAUUGCAAAGAUGGAGGAGCGUAACCAGUAUGACAGGAAGGCAAGGGUUAGAGCUUUGUCCUUACGCUGGAAGCAGAAUCGCGCUCUGGAAGAGGUGGAAGAUGACAAUGAAGAGGACCCCAUGAUGUAUCCAGAGACUGAACUGGACAGUGACAGAGGGAAAUUGAGCCACAAUAAGAUGAAACACGAUGGACGAAGGAGAAUAAAAGCAGAUGGACUGUUAAGAAUUUAUGUACUUCAGUUGUUGUUUAGGACUGUUUUUGAGGUUGGCUUCUUGGCUGGACAGUAUUUCUUGUAUGGGUUUGAAGUGAUUUCAAAAUAUGAAUGCCACAGGAAACCCUGUCCACAUACUGUGGACUGCUUCAUUUCUCGGCCCACUGAGAAGACCAUCUUCUUGUUAAUCAUGUAUGGGGUAAGCUGUCUGUGCCUGCUCCUGAAUGUUUGGGAGAUGCUCCAUCUUGGGUUUGGAACAAUACGUGAUGCACUUAAUAACAGGAGUAAACAAGUGGAUGAUUCCUCUUCAUAUAAUUAUCCGUUCUCAUGGAACACUCCUUCAGCUCCUCCUGGAUAUAACAUAGCUGUGAAACCAGAACAGAUCCAUUAUACAGAACUUACAAAUGCCAAAAUAGCUUAUAAACAGAACAGGGCCAAUAUUGCUCAGGAACAGCAGUACGGGAACAGUGAGGACAAUAUUCCUACUGAACUAGAACACCUUCAACGGGAAGUCCGUGUCGCCAAGGAACGUCUGGAGACUGCCAUUCAAGCUUACAGUAGCCAUAACAAUCCGCCUUCCACCAAAGAGAAGAGGUCCAAGAAAAGCUCAUGUAAAAGCAGUGUCAGCAGCCGGUCUGGAGAUGGAAAGACUUCUGUGUGGAUUUAAUAAUGCACCAGCAGAAAGCUGUGACUUAUUGCCUCCGGGAGUAACAGACAGCAGAGUGAUAACUUCUUUUCUUCUAAAUAUUUGUUCCGUUGGAGAAAUACAGACAUCUAUGCCUUGGACAUGAUGGGGGGAAAAAGCCCAUGGAUUAUACAGUCUGUUCUCUUGGCUCAUGAAACUUUGACUGCGACCUGCAAUCGAUCACACAGUACAUUCCUGUAUCUGAUAGUCAUUAUUAUAUUCUUGUUUAUAGAAUGCAAAACUUUUUAUAAUAUUAUGCCUCAUUGUUUUAUACAUGGUCUGUUUUUAUGUUUUUUUUCCAGUCAGUAUUUGAAGGUGGGUAAUUUAUCAGAGUUGGUAGUAUGGCAAACUUCUUAAUAAUAAUAAGAAGAAAAUCAGCAAAACGCAGCUCUUGUUUAUCAGUUUUGUAGCUGCAAAUGACUUGAUAAAAUACUGCCUUUUAGUGGGUUCCCACAUUGGGCUUUAGUGGCAUUUUUUUUUUUUGCACCAGUGGUUUUAGGUGUGUUGUCGGUAGAAACACCAGCUCCAGAUAUUAGCUGAACGUCUGUGGGGAAAUUUGCAAGCGUAUUUUUUUCGAAUGGUGUGUUAAUUAGAUGGGGGGUUUGUUUUGGAUCUCUGGCAUUUUUUUCUGCAUGUUGAAGCAUUUGGCGUUUUUUUUCUUAUAUUUAGACAUUUCUAUAGGAGAAAUAAACUGCAGAAAAAAAACUUUAACACAGUUUAGAAAAGAAUGACACAACAACUCCAGAGAAACGCAAAUGCAGUAUGGAAAAAAACACAAGCUGUUUCUAGUUCGGUUUUUGAGUAAACAAGAAAACGCCAGAUGAAAUCUGUGUGAGAAGAGGCCCUUACGCCUCUGCAGCCAGACCGCAUGUCAGGUCUCAGCUGUGGCCCUAGAAGUGCCUUGUAUUGUUCUGCUGCAGAGUGCUGUAGUAAUAUAAUGUAUAGUUCCUAAUUUAAAUCAACAUAGUUGACCUCACAGGAUAGAUUGUUCAUGACACAUACUGCCAUGGAUAAUUUAUUCAUUAUCUUAUAGUGUUUAGUUUAUCAUUUCUCUGUGAGAAAGGGGAAAGGCAUGUAUAGAUGGAAACCAGAUCCCCGACUUCCCCUUCCUACAAAUUCAUCAAAUAUUUGUUAUGGGAUGAAAUAAUUCCAGUUAGCAGCCAGAGACAUGGCCGGUAUACACAGAGAACGAUCAUGUCUCUGUUCAUUUCUACCUUUACGGGAACAAGUGCCUCUCUUCUUUGUAUCAUUAUGUUCUUUGUUAAUGUCUUAAUUUAAUAAGUAAAUGGUUUGAACAUUUUCUGAAGCAUUGUUAAUAUCGUCCUUAUGAUAAUUUAUUGAGAAUGGCUAAGUACAUACAUAUUUGACCUGUUUAAGAAAGCCUUGUGCCUCCUGGACAAAGUAAGGUCUGUUUCACACUUGCGUUGUUGUUUUCCAGUAUCAAAACUGGACAAAAAAUGUCCGUUUAGUCCUAAUACAUUCUGAAUGGAAAGAAAUCUGUUCAGGAUACAUUCCGUUUUGUGACCGGACAUAAAACUGCUGCAAGCUGUGGUUUUGUGUCCGGUCAUAGAAACAGAACAAACCGAAUCUGUCACUAAAAAACAUGUAAGUCAAUGAUGAUGGAAUAGUUUUUUAAGCAUCCUAAAAAAAUGAUUUGUCACCCAUUGACUUUCAAUGUAUUUAGGGACUGAUCUGGUUUGUUCCGUUUUAAUUUCACACAUCUGCAUCCUAACGGAUUUCAAAGCGGAGCUCUGCCGGAUCUCAAAACCUGAAUUAACAAC